AUGGCAAACAGUGGGAGGGACGGCAAGAGUGAUGACGGGAAUUCAAGUCCCGGAUCAAAAAAGAAGUCCUUCGUGAAGAGCAUGGUCAAGGGUGGCAUUUUCGGUGGGGGACGUUCACGUGCUCAGACCACCGACGCCCAGCAGAAAUCGGAUGGGCAACAGGCGGAGAGUGCGCCUCGUCAUACGGCUCCUGCGGAUGCUCGUGAGGAGCAGCAGAAGCGUGCGAGGUUCCUUGCUGAGAAAUACGAGAAGAUAAUCGCAGCGCGUACUUCAGCGGAGUCCACGGUAGCCCGUGCAACUCAAUCUUCUUCUUCUGCUUCUGCCGCUGCCGCCGCGGCUUCCCGAGCAACUUCCACGUCGCAAGCUGCCGAGGCACCUAAGGCGUCUGUUACAUCUAAGGCGUCCGAUGCGCCUAAGGCUUCUGAAACAGGAAAGGUUUCUGUUACAUCUAAGGCGUCCGAUGCGCCUAAGGCUUCUGAAACAGGAAAGGUUUCUGUUACAUCUAAGGCGUCCGAUGCGCCUAAGGUUUCUGAAACAGGAAAGGUUUCUGUGGCAUCGAAGGUCUCUGAGGCACCCAAGACGUCUAAGUCGUCUGAUGCACCCAAGACGUCCGAGUCUGCAAAGGUUUCAGUGACUCCCACGGCGAGCCCCGCACCUCAGCCAGCGCCUUCCACUGUGCAAACUCCGGCAUCACAGACGAAUGCGGAGAAGACCAGUGCUUCCAGUGGAGCACGUGUUCGUACACUAGCCGACCUUCAGCGUGAAGAUGAGGAUCAAGGAGGACACCCGCUUGGUCCACACGCCCCGCGUGUACGUUUUCAAUCCUCGGCCGACGAAGAUGUCUCAACAACUCGUGGUGGCGGGUUUUUCGGCCGGAGGGUCAUGUGCCCUGUCCGUCGUGAAGUGAGGGGCCGCUUGUUCCCUGGCAGAUUGUUUAUGAUGCUCAGCAGCACCAUCCUGAUGACCGUCCUGUUCAUAUACCAAGCGUACUUGAACAUGUCGACAUUCAACGGACGUUGCGUAGGAGGCGUGGACUACACUCACAAAAUCAAAGACCGCGCGAUUUUCAACCCGAUUGGAUACGCGGCGUGUGAGAAUAACUUGAAGACGAAGGCGGCUGACCGAUACACCAUUGGUACGGGAGCCACUGACGAAGGCUACCCCAGAGAUUUUGUGCAUAAUGGCGCCGACGGGUGGUCGAUGGCUCCUCCAGAUGGCCCCAACCCCCGUAUCAUCUACCUUUUUGGUGCUAUGUCGCCCAACCACAUCCGUUUGUACAAGGAGUCCUACCGCCUUUGGACGUCAAUCUUUCUACACAGCGGUUAUUUCCACUUGUUGAACAAUAUGGUGACGAACAUCCUGUUUCUGUACAUUCUUGAGCCGGACUGGGGUUUUCUGAGAUGCCUUUUUGCCUAUCUGUUCUGUGGAUAUGCUGCCAACCUGGUUCACGCCAGCAUGUCUCCGUGCUACGCCACGGUGGGUGCAUCGGGCGCCUUGUUUGCUUUGUGCGGCGCCUUGAUUCCGUACGCUGUGGAGCAGUGGGACAAGCUGCGUUCCCCGAUAGCCAUCAUAAUAAUCUCGGUUGUCCUGUUUUUGUUCGACGUGCUUAUCCCGAAGAAGGGCGUGAGCUCACAUGCGCACUUUGGGGGCUACUUGUUUGGAAUCUGCUACGGCUUUGCCACUAUGGAAACUGCUUUACUGCUCGACCGGGGGGCACUUUUCCACCGAUUUGUCCUGAAUUGCUUCGGAAGGAAUAUGUCGGAAGAAAAGCAGCAACAGUACCGGGAGAAAAUUGCAAGGGGUGCCCGGGCCAGUGAGCUUGCUCGUAUUAAAUACGAGCAGACGGCGAGGGAUCGUGUGGAUCGUUUCAGAUGGUUGAAGAAAUUCUUGGGCGUAUAUCCUCUGGGGCCUUACCGCAUGAGGCUCCGUGACAUCAUAAUUAGGGUUGUAUUUUUCCUUAUUAUGAUUGCCAUGUUCAUAUACUUCUACAUGGCGACUUAUUACGAAAGCGUGUACAGCAAGCUGAGUCCCCAAACGAACGCUCUUUUCAGCCGCCACUGUUAUUGCGGUUUCCUCAAGAAGGAACCGGAGGAAGAUCUCCUUCGGUACCAGAUUGGAGGAUUAGGUGGACAAUUCUACUGCUUCCCAGGAGUCAAGAGCCGCAUAGCCUUCUGUGACCCAGGUGACGGGAUUGAUGACUGA